AUGGCUGGAGGAAAAGGUAAGGCAGGUAAGGAUUCUGGAAAGGCCAAAGGCAAAGUGAUCUCACGUAGUGCUCGCUCAGGACUCCAAUUUCCCGUAGGUCGUAUCCAUCGUUUCCUUAAACAGAGAACAACUUCCCAUGGUCGUGUAGGAGCUACGGCAGCAGUCUAUAGCGCAGCAAUUCUUGAAUAUUUGACGGCUGAGGUGUUGGAAUUGGCUGGUAAUGCGUCGAAAGAUCUUAAAGUGAAGAGGAUUACACCAAGACAUUUGCAUCUUGCAAUUCGUGGAGACGAAGAAUUAGAUACUCUCAUCAAAGCUACCAUCGCUGGUGGAGGUGUGAUCCCACAUAUCCAUCGUUAUUUGAUGAGCAAGAAGGGUCAACCAGCUCCAGGACAAAAACCAGGCGCUGCUUAA